CAAGAUUCUACUUAGAAAUAUCAUUCAAAAAUUUACAAAUUGCCGAGUUUUUAGGCUUGUAAAAAAAUGUUGUUUUUUUGGUUUCGAUAUCUUUAUCGGGUUAUUGACUUAUUUCAAUAGUGUGUUUGGAAAUAAACAAGUGAAAGUUCAUCUUACAUUUUCAAGUCACUUUUUUCAAUAAAAAUGAAUAAUUUACUUUACAUAAGUGAGGAGAUAGUUACAAAAUUAUUAAACUGGGAUUCUACAUUUAAGGCCAUUGAAACGGCACUACAGUGUACUGCUAGAAAUUGUGCCAUUCAGAGUCCCCGAACAUUCACAAAAUGCCCUAAAACUGACUCUAGACUCCUAACAAUGCCCGGCUAUCUUGAUAAUGAUACCUUCGGUGCUCUGGGUUGCAAAUUAGUUACGGCCACACCUAACAACGCCAGUUUAGCCCAACCCUUACCUACAAUAAACGCCUAUAUUAUGCUUUUUGAUGACGUCACAGGCGUCUUAAAGGCCGUAAUUGCCGGCACUGAAAUAACAAAAUGGCGGACUGCCGCCGCCUCUGCUGUGGCCACAAAAUAUUUAACCCAAGGUAAAAGACUUAAAAUUUUGGCGAUUUUGGGAGCCGGCAACCAAGGCCACAUUCAUGCUCUUGCUUUCAGUAAUUUUUUUUCAUUUGAAGAGAUCCGGAUUUGGAACCGGAAUAAAUACAAAGCGGAAACUCUCGUUCGUGCUUUGAACGAGUUUUCAAACACCGGAAAGUUCAAAUGUUACGAUUCUAAUAAAGAAUGUGUCACCGGAGCUGACGUUAUUGUGACAGCGACGUUCUCCUCUGAGCCAAUCGUAGAGCUUGGUUGGCUCAAACCGGGUGUUCACAUUAACGCAAUCGGAGCGGGCGUGAAUCAUUACAGCGAGUUAUCACUAGAUAUUUACAAGACUAGUGACGUAUAUGUCGAUCACGCUGACGGCGCAAAAGUUGAAUUAGCCGGUUUGGGGGACUUGGGAGUGAAAAUGAGGGGAAUUGGAGGAGUUAUAGCCGGCGACUUACCACCGCCUACACUUAAUCAAGUCACCGUGUUUCAAAGCUUGGGAAUGGCAGUUGAGGAUUGCGCGAUGGCGAGACUUAUUUACGACCUUUAUGUGAAAGAGUGUCAAAAAUGAAUAAUUUUUUCUCCCGAGAGAAUGAAACGUAUUUCUGUAUUCAGUUUACUUCAUUUAAGAAAAUCCAAUUAAAAUUUCUUUGAUCUUUGUCAGAUUGUCGAAAGCUUUCAAAUAAAUAUCGUUUCAAACUUA